GCUAAGUCUAGAACAAGAGCACACAAAUUCAAUCAACAUGGCCAAUCCUAGUAAUUGGCCAUCUCUUCUUAUGUUGGUCUUGGCCUUGUACGCCAUUGCUGCUCAUACAAGUGCUCAAUACACAUACUCUCCACCAUCACCACCACCGUACGUCUACAAUUCUCCAUCACCACCUCCUCCAUACGUCUAUAGCUCCCCACCACCUCCUCCAUAUGUUUACAAGUCCCCACCACCACCUCCUUACGUCUAUAGCUCCCCACCACCUCCUCCAUAUGUUUACAAGUCUCCACCACCCCCGCCUUACGUCUAUAGCUCCCCACCACCUCCUCCAUAUGUUUACAAGUCCCCACCACCACCUCCUUAUGUCUACAGCUCCCCACCACCUCCUCCAUAUGUUUACAAGUCUCCACCACCCCCUCCUUACGUCUAUAGCUCCCCACCACCUCCUCCAUAUGUUUACAAGUCCCCACCACCACCUCCUUACGUCUAUAGCUCCCCACCACCUCCUCCAUAUGUUUACAAGUCCCCACCACCACCUCCUUACGUCUAUAGCUCCCCACCACCUCCUCCAUAUGUUUACAAGUCCCCACCACCCCCUCCUUACGUCUAUAGCUCCCCACCACCUCCUCCAUAUGUUUACAAGUCCCCACCACCACCUCCUUAUGUCUAUAGCUCCCCACCACCUCCUCCAUAUGUUUACAAGUCUCCACCACCCCCUCCUUACGUCUAUAGCUCCCCACCACCUCCUCCAUAUGUUUACAAGUCCCCACCACCACCUCCUUAUGUCUACAGCUCCCCACCACCUCCUCCAUAUGUUUACAAGUCUCCACCACCCCCGCCUUACGUCUAUAGCUCCCCACCACCUCCUCCAUAUGUUUACAAGUCCCCACCACCACCUCCUUAUGUCUACAGCUCCCCACCACCUCCUCCAUAUGUUUACAAGUCUCCACCACCCCCGCCUUACGUCUAUAGCUCCCCACCACCUCCUCCGUAUGUUUACAAGUCCCCACCACCACCUCCUUACGUCACUACAAGAAAACAAGCCUUUUGCGAGGACACAUUGCGACGGAGUACAGCUCUCGCAAAUUUGCGAUAGAUUUGCGAGGGAUUUACUAGUAAAUAAAAAACCAUAGAACAUUCUUCGCAAAUUUGCGUCAAACUCAGUCGUCGCAAAUCCGCUGCUCAAUUGCGACGCAUUUACGACAAAUUCGCUGGGAAGGUCCCUUUCUCGCAAAUCCAUCGCAAUAGUGCGACGAUUUUGCGAGAACAUACUCCAUAGCAAAUU